AUGAAGGAUCGGGGUCGAGAAAAUGAUGGACGACAAAUGGAACGUAAUCGAGAUUUUCUCGAGCGCAUCAUUCAUGAUGCUGGAGAAUUUGGCGAAGAAAAUGUCCAGCAAAUUGAUGAAGAAUGGGCUGAGUUUGAAAGAGUCAUGAGAGAAUUUCGCGAGCGUCGUUUGUCAACAACGUCAAUGGAUGCUGUACAGCCACGUCGUCGAGAACGACGAGUUAAUAGACAAACGUUUUAUCCAUGCCCGGCGAGUUUCUCAGAAGCAGAUCAGUAUGAAUAUGAAGAAUAUUCUGAUGAUGAUGAUUCAAGUUGUUAUGACGAAGAUGGAUAUAAGAACACGCUUAUGUAUGGUCGCUAUACUAAGGACUUAAGUGAAUAUGCAAAAGACGAAGCACGAAGACUUAAGCAGUUGGACAAGCAGAGAAAAAAGGACGAUCGAGCGAGAAAUAAGGAACUUCUUGGCAAAAGAAGAGGAAAAAUAUUUCGUGCAUUUCAAUGGUUUUGGCGUAAUACAUUUGCUAGAAUGGGAGAGGAUUGGGUUUUCUUAGCACUUUUAGGUGUAUGUAUGGCUAUAAUUUCAUACUGCAUGGACAAAGGAAUUUCCAUGUGCACAAAUGCACGAGUUUGGCUUUACAGAGAUUUAGCUGAGCAUCCAGUAACUCAAUAUUUUGCAUGGGUAACACUACCCGUAUGUCUUAUUCUAUUUUCUGCCGGAUUUGUACAUCUAUUAGCUCCGCAGUCUAUAGGUUCCGGAAUUCCGGAGAUGAAAACUAUUUUAAGAGGUGUACAGUUAAAAGAAUAUUUGACUUUUAAGACAUUAGUAGCUAAGAUUAUUGGACUUACCGCAACACUAGGCAGUGGAAUGCCAUUAGGAAAAGAAGGUCCUUUCGUGCACAUUGCUAGUAUCGUUGCACAAUUAUUAAGUAAAUUAGUCACAUCAUUUCAAGGUAUUUUUGAGAAUGAGUCUCGCAAUACAGAGAUGCUUGCUGCUGCAUGCGCUGUCGGUGUCGGCGCAUGCUUCGCUAGUCCUGUUGGCGGUGUUUUAUUCAGCAUUGAAGUCACCACAACAUAUUUCGCUGUGCGAAAUUAUUGGCGUGGAUUUUUCGGUGCUGUAUGUGGCGCAACAUUUUUCCGUCUUAUAGCUGUAUGGUUUAAAAAAUCAGACACUCUUACAGCAUUGUUCCUUACAAGCUUUAGUAUAGAUUUUCCAUAUGAUCCACAAGAAUUGAUUGCAUUUGCCAUGAUUGGUGUUGUCUGUGGACUUGGAGGUGCAGCUUAUGUUUGGAUUCAUAGACAAUAUGUUUUGUUUAUGCGCUCAAGUAAAAGAAUGAACAGCUUCCUUCAGAAGAAUCGAUUCUUGUAUCCUGGAAUCCUUGGAUUGAUGGUUGCUACAGUCUCAUAUCCAAAUGGCUUAGGAAGAUUUAUCGCCGGUGAACUUAGUACACAUGAGCAGGUCUCAAAUCUAUUCACUAACUUUACAUGGUCAGAACCUAAUUUAAGUGUCGAGCAGGCAGCUGUUGUAAGAUUUUGGACAAAUCCAUACACAAAUGAAGUUUUUAGUAAUUUAAUUUGUUAUUUAUUGUACACAUUUUUCUUCUCAAUUAUAACCUCAACAAUUCCCGUACCGAGUGGAAUUUUCAUUCCUGUAUUGAAAAUCGGUGCUGCAUUCGGAAGAAUUCUUGGUGAGGGAAUGUUCUUGUGGUUUCCAAUGGGAAUCAGAUAUGGAGGCUUAGUAAAUCAUAUAAUUCCUGGAGGCUAUGCUGUGGUUGGGGCCGCUGCAUUUGCAGGCGCUGUAACUCAUACGGUGUCUGUUGGUGUCAUUGUAUUCGAAAUGACUGGUCAAAUCACCUAUUUAGUUCCUGUAAUGAUAGCAACACUCAUAUCUUGUGCCAUAGCGACAAUUCUACAGCCCUCAAUGUAUGACUCAAUUAUUCUUAUCAAAAAGUUGCCAUACUUGCCAGAUCUCUUGCCAUCUGGAAGUGCUAUGUAUAAUUUCUCUGUAGAAGACUUUAUGGUUCGUGAUGUUAAAUAUAUUUGGCAAAAUAUUACUUAUCAAGAGUUGAAGGAAAUCUUGAAAAGAAACAAGCAGCUUAGAAGUCUUCCAUUAGUUGAUAAUCCAGAUACGAUGAUAUUGCUAGGUUCAGUUCAGAGAUAUGACCUCAUUAAAAUGAUUGAUAAGCAUAUUGGACGUGAAAAGAGAUUAGAAAUGGCAACAAGAAUGAAGAAGGAAGCAGAAGAAAGAGAAGAACAAGAAAGAAUUAGAAAAUUACAAGAAGGACCUAGAAGACAGUCAAGAUUUGAAGUUGUGCCUGCACCAGACAUAAUUAAGCUACGUGAAAUUGCCAAUAAUGAAAUGCUCACACCACAAGCAAAGAAAGAAAGUUCUCAAUUUACACCAGUAUUCGGUACUCAGCCAAAGAAAUCCAUUUUAAAGAAGACUAAUUCAUUUACGAUGAAGGGCUUCAGUCCAUUAUCUCCACAUAGUCCAUUAUCCACACCUUAUACAACUAUAACAGGUGCAGAGAGUCGAAUUCGUUCUGCUUUCGAUAUUAUCUUUAGAAAAUCAGCAACAUUACAAGAUGUUCAAAAUAAUGAUCCUGAAAUGGGAUCUAAGAAUUCAAUUCAAACGCCUAGUAUCGAUGGCACUUCCCACUUUCCAUCUACAACAGGUAUUUCCAAAAAGGUUCAACUUCCUCGCGAAAGAGUCUGUGACAUGUCUGCAGAGGAUCAAAAACUUUGGGAAAUGGAUGAGAUGGCUAAGUCAAUUGAUCUUGAGGCUGCAAAUGUCAACAUUGAUCCAUCGCCCUUCCAGCUAGUAGAGAGAACGUCUUUAUUGAAAGUCCAUUCGUUAUUCUCAAUGAUUGGCAUCAAUCAUGCUUAUGUCACAAAUGUUGGAAAGCUCGUGGGUGUUGUGGCAUUGAAAGAGCUCCGAAAAGCAAUCGAAGAUGUGAAUAGUGGAAAUUUUGUACCAAAGCCGCAGCUACAAGAAGUGAAAGUUCCUGACACACCAAUAUCGCCAUGCGCUGAGCCCUUACUGAACAAAGAAUUAAUGAAGAAUGAAGUAAAUAAUCAAAAUACUAACAACACAGUCAACUCUGUUGAUUCCCUAUUCCAAACAAACUCAAAUUCAGAGAAUUGCUCAACCGAUAUUGAGCUAGACAAUAUUCGAAAUACAUUAAGAUUACAAUGA